AUGACUCCACAACCUGGGCACACUGAACAAAAAUCUGUAGUCUCGACAUUUAGCAACGGCUCACAACGAGCAUUUGCACUCACACGGAGCUCCAAUCUUGUAGAGAAUGCAGCCUCCAGGGGGUCGGCUGAAUCUAGCCACCAUUUGCCCAGUUUCAAGUUCAAUACGACAACUUCCCGCCUGGAGUCACACAGUCCAAGUUCUCAGCAAUCGUCUUCUUUCUAUGACACAAAUGGUGUAUUUUCAGCAAGGCGUCCCAACGUGGAGGUGAAAAAAGAGGAACACGAUAUCGAUAGAUACCAGUUUAAAAUGCUCGGAAAGCAACCUUCUCAACAUUUUCCUGCAGAAUAUCGACAUUUAAAGACGACCACAGAAAAAAUCGGUUCUCAAUCAGGUUUAGGUGUCCUUGAGAGUGAUAUGACCGAAGAGGACAUCAUCACAAAAAUUGCUAGCAAUAGUCGUCAAGCAAAGGCUGACCUCGCGAAACUGCGGGAACAUAACGCCGAACUAGAAUCCCAGCUUAGUAUUAAGACUAAACUCGUCGCCGAUCUCUCGCGACAGAAUACGGAGUUGUCUCGUCAGGCAUCGGACGCCUCUCAUCAGAACUCAGAACUAUCUCGACGAAUUGCUCAACUUAAAUCGACAACCAAGGAAGCAAUUGACAAGGCUAACAUGAGUUGUGUCGAACUCAGAGACUCUUAUGAGGCGCUCCGAAUCAGAUUUCAAGCGUCAUCCACCUUGGUGAACGAUGCCCGAAAGACGAUGGAAAGCCUUGAGGAGCUCCGGGACGCCGCUCGUACCGGCCUCCAAGUGUUCCUGGACGAUACUGGGCAUCUGCCCAGUGUGGGCCAAACAAGGACAGUCGUAAACGAGCUACAGGCUGAGCUUACUCGGACUCAACAGGUGGCCGAUCUCCUGCGUGAAAAAUUGCAAAAUAUGGGUUCUGAGCUAAUAGAUGCCCGGGCGCGCGUUGCGGAACUGGAGGAACAUUUUUGGAACGACAGAAAGUUGAUUGCCUCGACAACAUCGGAUCUUGAGCGAACCUCCGGGCGUGUUGUAGAUAUGGCUGAGUACCUGAAGCUCCAGAAGCAUGAAAUAAUUGAUGCUCUCAGCGGACUUGCGCAAGCGGAGGACCGGCUAGCUCACAGCCAGUCACGCUUGCAAGAACGCGAGGCGAUGGUGCAUUCCAUGCGACAAGAGAUGGAAUCUAUGAGACAGGAAAUAUCCAAAUUUGAAGAAGCUAUGAAUGAUCGUAAAGCGCAAACUCGGAUCCUGCAGAACACUGUCACGUUCCAGGAACAACACAUGAAGGACCUAGAGGGGAGGUUACAGAAGGCGGAGGCGGAGUUGGUGCAUGCUCACAAUAGAUCGCAAGACCUUGAAUCGCGCUUGGAAGUCUCAAAAGAUCUUGAGAAAACUCUAGUUCAGCAGAAUGCGCGCCUCACUUCCGAAAGCGAAUCUAUCGGGGAGCGACUCCAGAUUGCUGAAGUGGGGCUGGUAGAUAUCCGGAACACAGAAAGGGAGCUAUCAGCCCAGAGUGCAAGGCUCGUGUCGGAGCGCGACACGCUCCUUGACAAACUCGAAACCUCACACGCGCAGCUGGCAGAUGCGAAGCGAGAGAUGGAGAGCUACCACGAAAGAUUCGCAGAAACGCGAACGUCGCUAAAGGUUCUCCAGGAACGUUACGACGACCAGUCCGUUACUCUCAGGCUCACCAAGGAAAGCGUCGGCGAAGUUCAGGAUCGUCUGCAAUCCACGAAUGACACAAUUUUGGCUCUGAACGGAAACUUGGCGGAAACUAUCAACCGCGCCAGUGUUGUGGAGGAGCGUGAACGCUCAUUGCAGCGUAGACUCGACGAAGCCACUGUCACCAUAGCCGCCGAACGGGACUUGGUUGGCAGCCUUCGAAAGGAACUUUUAGACUGCCAGAUAGACCUUUCCCGACAGCAGGGCAUUCAACAAGCCACAGAGCAAAUUGCGGAACAACGCGCUCGCGAUGCCGAGCGACGAAUCAAGGAGCUAAACUCUAAAACAGACUCCCAGCGCGGCGAGCUGGGUGAGAAGCAACAAGUCAUAUCCGAACUGACCCAGCGCCUGGCUAUUGCCGAAACCCCUUCUGAUCUGCACGAACAAGAACUCCUUGUUCUGAAGACGCGUAUUCGCGAGCUUGAACAAUCCGAAACGCAACUUCUCCAAAGAUCGACGAACAUCACCGUCCGCCAUAAACAAAAUGACCUGAAUGACAAUGAAUGGACCUUGGUCCAGAACCUUGCCCAAAAAGCCAGAGAAGUCUUUGAGCGCGAGCUAGUGGAAAAGAACAAUGACAUUCGAAGGAGAGACAACCUCAUCAAACAACAUGAAGCUCGUAUCAUGCAAUUAGAAGCAAGUCUAGCCCGUCGCAUUAGGGAACUUCCACAAGUCGGAAGCUCAAGGGGCGAUAAGCAAGAUGAAACUUUCUGGAAUGAGCCCCCAUCCGGGCUCGGGGAUCAACAGAAUUCCGGUGCACAUGAGGCAACGAACCAUUCAGCUAUCAAAGAAAUUCGACGUGCCGACCGGAUUCCACUCGAAAGGUUGGCGAACGGUGACUCCGAUAUUGGAGAGUUUGAAGACGAGAACGACCUCGCAAUGCGUCAAGGGAAGCGAACGAUCUCUCUCAAUGAAGAAGAGUCGACAAGACCAGCAAGGCGACCGAAAAAUUCAAAAUAUCCGGAAAUGGAGAGGACCGCAGACAAGGCCCCAGGUCGAUCAAAGAAGACGAACAAGCGACAAAAUCGGUAG